UUUAUAUGCAAGCGCACUUGUUACAUUGAUCAUAAGCGGGACAAUGACCACACACGGCAGAACUAGUGGCUGGCCAAAAGGAACAAAUCCAGUGUCUUAUGCAGCUAAAUAUGGCAUAACGAACCCUUCACCUACGUUAGAUCGCCCGAUCAAUCUGUACCCAUUAACAAAUUACACAUUUGGAACCAAAGAGCCAUUGUAUGAGAAGGAUAGCUCAGUCCCAGCACGGUUUCAGCGUAUGCGAGAUGAGUUUGAGAAGAUUGGAAUGAGGCGAUCUGUUGAGGGAGUGUUAAUUGUACACGAGCACGGACUUCCCCACGUUCUCCUUCUACAACUAGGGACCACAUUUUUCAAAUUACCUGGGGGAGAGUUGAAUUCAGGCGAGGAUCAAGUAGAAGGCUUGAAAAGAUUAUUAACAGAGACCCUGGGAAGACAAGAUGGUGGGACUAUGGAGUGGGUAGUGGAGGAUACUAUAGGGAACUGGUGGAGACCAAACUUUGAACCCCCACAGUACCCUUACAUCCCAGCACACAUCACAAAACCCAAGGAACACAAAAGACUUUUCCUUGUACAGCUACCAGAAAAGGCAUUGUUUGCUGUUCCUAGAAAUUAUAAACUUGUGGCCGCCCCCUUGUUUGAACUAUAUGACAACAGUGCAGGAUAUGGGCCAAUCAUCUCAAGUUUACCUCAAGCUCUAAGUCGGUUCAACUUCAUAUACAAUUGAGUGGGAAGAUGUGAAGAACUGUACAACAAUAUUAUUGUGACUUUUUUUAUUACUCUGUCUGUAAUACUGUCAGCUGUGGCUUGUCAACUUUGUAUCACGAUCAUAUCAUCAUAUAAUUAUAUGAUUCAUCAUGUCGAAAAUUUCAUUGAGGAAUAAAAAAAAUUUCAAACAUU